UGAGUAUGCGGCAAAUCAAAAAAUGGAAAAUUAAAGAUUUUAGAACAAUUAAAAAGAUGAACAAUGUGCUAACAGUUGUGAUCAUUUUUAUGAUAUUACCACUUGGAAACGCAACAAAUUCCGAAACUUUCUAUGAAAUUAUGCCUUCUGGGUCGUUCCACGUAGCUCCAUAUAAACAACAUGGGAUCAUUUUUUCUCUUCAGCAAGCAUCUAAUUACUGUCAGAACAAUGAUGGUGACCUCCUUAAACUGAAGUCAAACGAAACAUAUUUGGAUAUUCUGGAACUGAUAUAUAAAUUGCCAAAUGGCACAUCCUUUACUACCGGUGAAGUUGUUGGCCCCGAAGGAUGGUCAGGAAAAAAGGAACUGGGCAAAUGGUUACCAGAUGAGCCAAAUGGCUUAGGCCUUAUUAGUUUAGUUCUCGUUAACGAUGAGGUUUAUAUGAAAGUUACAAAUGGUGAAGAUUCAUAUUUCAUUUGUGAAAAUGUGCAUGCGUUGGAACGAUAUUCAUAUUUUUUGAUCUCAUUGUUCGUGAUAUCCGUUAUCGGUUAUGUAGUUUGGUGGCUGAAGAAAAGAUGUCAGAAGCCAUAAACUAUAUUAUCAAGUAUUCCUCCGCUAGCUACCAAAACUUAACUUUUAUAUUAUUUAUUAUUUUUUAUUACACAGUGAAUUGCUCAAAUACUAGCACAGCAAUUUGUAUGCAAAAUAUAGUUUUGGUACUUAAGGUUUAAAUUUUAUAACAUAUUUCAGAACACUGAACACUGGCCGAUAAAGCAAAAGUCGGUACAGUUAAUUGUAGUGUAGUAAAGGAAGAUAAUAUUAAAUCUGAUAUAGACUCAGAUUCGGAUUAUGAAAACAUAUAUUCCUCUUCAUUUUAGUUAGAGGCUGGAGAAAGUUAAGAAAAAUAUUGUUUUAUGUUUAAAAAUUUCAUAAAUUAUAAAUAAUAUAUAUGUAAUAGUAUCAAAUUCAAAUUAAUUUAAUAUGGUUAAUAUGGGAUAUAAGAGUGGGCUUGGUCCA